AUGGCAAGGACCAGAGCCCAGGGCAGCCGCCACCACUCUACCGGACCAGACACCUCGCGGCCUCUGCCUUUGUCCGUACACGUCACUUCCCCGAGCCUGGAGGGGCGUGGACUCAAGUUCGCUCCGCCCCACGGCCGGCUCACCCCGCCCACGGCCGGCUCACCCCGCCCACGGCCGGCUCACCCCGCCCACGGCCGGCUCACCCCGCCCACGGCCGGCUCACCCCGCCCACAGGCGGAUUGCCUUUCCAACCGCCAGAUCGCCGAGUCCCACCGCCAGCUCACCCGGCUCCACCUCCAGAUCGCCCCGCCCAAAGCCAACUCGCCUUUCUCCACGUUCAGCUCGCCCCGCCCCAUAGCCAGCUCGCCCCGCCCACGGCACCUCACCUGGCACAUCCAGCUCACCCUCCCCACUUCCAGCUCACCCUCCCCACGCCCAGGCGCCCCUCCCCACUUCCAGCUCACCCUCCCCACGCCCAGGCGCCCCUCCCCACUUCCAGCUCACCCUCCCCACGCCCAGGCGCCCCUCCCCACGCCCAGGCGCCCCUCCCCACGCCCAGGCGCCCCUCCCCACUUCCAGCUCACCCUCCCCACGCCCAGGCGCCCCUCCCCACGCCCAGGCGCCCCUCCCCACGCCCAGGCGCCCCUCCCCACGCCCAGGCGCCCCUCCCCACUUCCAGCUCACCCUCCCCACGCCCAGUCGCCCCUCCCCACGCCCAGUCGCCCCUCCCCACGCCCAGUCGCCCCUCUCCACAGCCAGUUCACCCGCCUGACAGCUCACUGCUCUCCUGAACGCACUGUCCCGCGGGUUCCUAAACCCAGUUUUUUGCCUACACGGAAGGCCCUCCCGGACUUCAAGAUGAAGGAUCCGCAGCUGAUGAUAUCUCUCGAACUAAGCACCAGUUUACUUAAGGAUAUAUCUUUCCUUCGAGACAGAGUCCGACUACAUAACUGA